GAUCUCUGAGAUCAGAGAUGUUUUCGCUCGAGAAUAUGCCGACGACGGCGUCUACUCUUUUCUCGGCGUAUGCUUCUUUCGCCGCCUCUAUGAUGCUUUUCCGAUCGGUGGCCAGUGAGAUCAUUCCAGCUCCGAUUCGGUCUUAUCUCGAAGCUUUUCUUCAUCGUCUUUUCACUCCUUAUACGCCGUCGCAGGCGACAAUCGUCGUCGAGGAACAAUGCGGGAUUUCCACAAAUGAGGUUUACGAAGCGGCUGAGUUAUACCUGCGAACUAAAAUCAGUCCAAUGGCCGACCGGUUCAAAGUCGGGAAGACCCAGAAACAGAAAACCCUUCAUAUCGGCGUGGAGAAGGGCGAAGCGAUUCCCGAUCAAUUUCAAGAAAUUCAUCUGAAAUGGCAGCUAGUUUCCAACGAACCCAAAGAUGGUUUGCGAGAAAAGAAGUCUUACGAGCUCUGUUUUGAUAAGAAAUUCAGAGACAGAGUUGUUAAUGAAUACUUACCCUUUGUCUUUUCCAAAGCCAAUGAAAUUAAGAACAAUGACAAACCAUUGAAGCUCUAUACUAGGGAUAUUGACUCGAAUGACGACGACGAUGACGGCGGCUAUAAUGGAGAUUGGGGUUCCAUAACUCUCGAUCAUCCGUCCACGUUCAAGACUCUGGCGAUGGACCCGAAAAUGAAGGCAAAUCUCAUGGAGGAUCUUGACAGAUUUGUUAGGAGAAGAGAGUUUUACAAGAAAGUUGGGAAGGCUUGGAAAAGAGGGUAUCUUUUGUUCGGUCCUCCCGGCACCGGAAAAUCAAGCUUGAUCGCGGCCAUGGCUAAUUAUCUUAAGUUUAAUGUUUAUGAUUUGGAACUUUCCAGCAUCUAUUCAAAUUCAGAGCUACGAAGGAUUUUAGUUUCAACGAAUAACCGAUCCAUAAUCGUGAUUGAGGAUAUUGAUUGUAGCGUUCAGAUGCAUAAUCGUGAUCAAACAGAAGAUCAAGAAGAUUCCCGGAGUAAUUCUAAGUUGACUCUAUCUGGGUUAUUGAACUUUAUAGAUGGGUUGUGGUCAAGUUGUGGAGAUGAAAGGAUAAUCAUCUUCACCACAAAUCAUAGAGAUCGGUUGGAUCCGGCAUUGCUGAGGCCGGGUCGAAUGGACAUGCAUAUUCAUAUGUCUUAUUGCACAAUGGAAGGGUUUAUGAUUCUGGCCCGUAAUUAUCUGGAUAUUGGUGAUCAUGAUCAUGUGCUGUUUAAGGAAAUAAAGAGUCUGAUGGAGACCUCAGAGGUGACGCCGGCGGAGCUGGCGGAGGAGCUAAUGAAGAGCGAAGACAGUGAUGUUGCUCUUGCCGGAGUUGUUGAAUUCCUUAAACGGAAGAAGUCUCCGUCGGCGGCAGCCGGUAAAAGUGAACAGAGUAAACCAGUAACAGCCCAAAAAGAAGAGAUGAAUAAAGCGAAGGUAAAGAAGCUGAAGGGACGAAAGAGAAAGUAUUAAUGUAGUACAUAAUAAACUUAAACCAUUGUUAGCUCUUUGCAUUGUUAUUGUAGAACAAGCAAGGGCGAUGUUGAUGAAUGAUGAUGAUGAUGAAAAACCAAUAAUUUUCCAAGAGUUAGAUGAAUAAAAAAAUGGAACUUUAGUAAUAUUGUUUGUUAAUUAAUAAAUGGUUUCUUUGGGUAUUUCUGCAUGAAGAAUUAG